GUCCCGAGGCCGGCCAUGUGGGCAGGGCGGCGGGUAUAUAUAGGGCGGCCACAUGAGGCCUUCCUCAUCAUCUUCCUCAGCCUGCCGCGUGUUCCAUCGCUAGCUGCCCGCCCCUUCGCUGUACCUGAGCGGCACCCAUCCAUCGCCAUCUCCUCGUCACCACUCCCACAAGUCCAGUGGAGCUACGUGCGUGCGUACGUUCGUUCGUUCCUUCCUUCCUUCCCCGAAAUAAAAAAUAGACAGAGAGCCCUCCUGCUCGGUCGCCCUCUGCCCCUGCCUCCGUCUCCGCGUGCGCUCCCCACCCCCUUCCUCCCCCGCUCCCGGACGUGCUCUGCUUCUCCAGAUCCGCCGCCGACGCUGCUGCUGCCGCGUCCUGAGAAAAUGGCGAUGAUGGUGGAUCCCCCGAAUGGCAUGGGAAACCACGGGAAGCACUACUACACCAUGUGGCAGACCAUGUUCGAGAUCGACACCAAGUACGUGCCGAUCAAGCCCAUCGGGAGAGGAGCCUACGGGAUAGUUUGCUCCUCGAUCAACCAGGAGACCAACGAGAAGGUCGCCAUCAAGAAGAUAAACAACGUCUUUGACAACCGCGUGGAUGCGCUGAGGACGCUGCGCGAGCUGAAGCUCCUUCGGCACCUGCGCCAUGAGAAUGUCAUUGCCUUGAAGGAUAUAAUGAUGCCGAUACAUAGGAGGAGCUUCAAGGAUGUCUACUUGGUCUCCGAGCUCAUGGACACGGAUCUGCAUCAGAUAGUCAAGUCGUCUCAGCCGCUGUCCAAUGACCACUGCCAGUAUUUCCUUUUUCAGCUGCUCCGAGGACUGAAGUACCUUCAUUCAGCGGGGAUACUCCAUAGAGACCUGAAGCCUGGGAACCUUCUGGUCAAUGCGAACUGUGACCUGAAGAUCUGUGACUUUGGUCUGGCUCGCACAAAUAACACUAAAGGUCAGUUUAUGACCGAAUACGUUGUCACCCGCUGGUACAGAGCUCCCGAGCUGCUCCUCUGCUGCGACAACUAUGGCACCUCCAUAGAUGUCUGGUCUGUUGGCUGCAUCUUUGCUGAGCUACUUGGCCGCAAGCCGAUCUUUCCAGGAACCGAGUGCCUUAAUCAGCUUAAGCUUAUAGUCAAUGUUCUUGGCACCAUGAGCGAGACUGACCUUGCGUUCAUUGACAACCCAAAAGCUCGCAACUACAUUAAAUCCCUUCCAUACACCCCGGGGAUGCCCCUCAGUAUCAUGUACCCGCACGCCCAUCCUCUUGCCAUUGAUCUGUUGCAGAAGAUGCUUGUCUUUGACCCUUCCAAGAGGAUCAGUGUCACCCAGGCUCUGGAGCACCCCUACAUGUCCCCGCUGUAUGAUCCUAGCGCAAACCCUCCUGCUCAGGUGCCCAUCGAUCUCGACAUAGAUGAAAACAUUGGCACAGAUAUGAUCCGAGAAAUGUUGUGGCAGGAGAUGCUCCAGUAUCACCCUGAGGCCGCCAGGAUGGUGAAUAUGUGACAAGCAGGAAUGAACAUGUGAGAGCAGUGUGCCACACCAGGGUCUUCACAUGUUCGUUCUUCAUAUAAAGCUUUAAUGCAAUUAUCGCAAUGCCGUCGAGUGACCUGUUUAUGUAAAUAUGUGCACAAUAAACGGCGUAUGGAUUUCUCUAGCUGUGGAUCAGUACUUGCUAGUAUAUAUAGACUACUGUGUUGUAGAAACGGAAUUCGGUUAUCAAGAAUCUGGUUAUGAAGAAGCUUGUGUAAGUUGUAAUCUUCUCUCUUUUUUCCCCUGAUUGUAAGUUUGUAAUCUUAGACACUGCUCUAUGUAUAUGGACUACUGUGUUGUAGAAGCGGAAUUCGGUUUAUUAAGAAUUGGGUUAUGAAGAAGCUUGUGUAAGUUGUAAUAUUCCCUUUUCCCCAUGAUUGUAAGUUGUAAAUUUUAGAAGCUGCUCUAUGUAAGGAGGUCUAAACUUUCAAGUGACCUUGUUUUGCUUCUA